UUUAUUUAAGUAUGACCAAAUUUGGAGUGUUUUGAGUACAGUAUUUAGAUGUGUGGGAUAUGCUGUAUCCGUUUGAUCUAGGGCAAUUUUUCUUUUAUUAAUUCUUAUUUAUAUUAAUUUUUAUUAUGGAAGAUAUAUUUCAAUGGUGCCGCGAAGGCAAUACGAUGCAAGUUCGAGUUUGGCUUGAUGACACAGAACAUGAUAUGAACCAAGGGGAUGAUCAUGGAUUUAGUCCUCUUCAUUGGGCUUCUAAAGAGGGUCAUUUAAAGAUUGUUGAAAUGCUUAUUCAAAGAGGUGCAAGAAUUAAUUCUACAAAUCGGGGUGAUGAUACACCUUUGCAUUUAGCUGCAGCUCAUGGUCAUCAUGAAAUUGUGCAUAUGUUGUUAAAAAACCGUGCAGACAUCAAUUUUACUAAUGAACAUGGAAAUACUCCUUUACAUUAUGCUUGCUUUUGGGGGUUUGAACCUAUUGCAGAAGAACUAAUUGAAAAUGGUGCAUUAGCAGCUUUGGCUAAUAAGGAUGGUGAUACACCUCUUGACAAAGCUAAAGGACUUAUUGUAAAACAUUUAAAAGAUUUAGCAUUACAAUCUGGACAAGAUUUAACUAAAAUCAAUUUUAAGGAUCAAAGUUGGCUAGGUUUAAAAACAAGAAGCCGGGAUGCUACAUUGUCACGACAUAGAGGAAUUAAUUUGAGUGAUCUUUAUUUACAUACAAAAAUGGCUACUUCAUCUAGCGGAGAAACCUGGCGUGGUCAUUGGCAGAAAAAUGAUAUUGUUGCUAAAGUGUUAGCUGUACGACAAUGUACUCCCCGUAUAUCAAGAGAUUUUAAUGAAGAAUUUCCAAAGUUAAGAAUUUUUUCACAUCCAAAUGUUUUGCCUGUUAUUGGUUGUUGUAAUUCUCCUCCAAAUUUAGUAGUCAUUAGUCAAUAUAUGCCUUGGGGUUCUCUUUAUUCAUUAUUGCAUGAAGGAGCAAGAGUUACUGUAGAUACUGCAUUAGCCCUUAGGCUUGCAGUAGAUGUAGCUAGAGCAAUGGCAUUUUUGCAUAGCCUUGAAAGAAUAAUACCACAGUUCUUUUUGAAUAGUCAUCAUGUAAUGAUUGAUGAAGAUCUGACUGCUAGAAUUAAUAUGGCUGAUGCAAAGUUUUCUUUCCAAGAAAAAGCAAGAAUCUAUUAUCCAGGAUGGAUGUCUCCAGAAGCAUUGCAGAAAAAACGCAGUGACACUAAUUUUGAAGCUUGUGAUAUGUGGAGUUUUGCAAUUCUUUUAUGGGAAUUAGCUACAAGAGAAGUUCCAUUUUCCCACCUAUCUCCUAUGGAAAUUGGAAUGAAAGUGGCAUUAGAAGGUUUAAGAGUGUCCAUUCCAUCAGACAUUUCACCACAUUUGACAAAAUUGAUAAAAAUAUGCAUGAAUGAGGAUCCAGGAAAAAGACCAACUUUCGAUAUGGUGUUACCAAUUUUAGAUAAAAUGAAAAGAUAAUAUAACCUAUGUUUAAUUUUUAUUUAACUAAAAGGUUUAAAUUUAUCAAGUUAUUUUAUAUUUAGUUAUAAAAAUUAACUU